GUCUUCUAGCAAUCAUCAUUGUCUAGUUGCCCAAAAGGAUAAAUAGUAUGACUUAGGAAAUUGCCUUCUUCAAAUUAUCCUAAAGAUUCACAACUUAUAAAGACAGGGCUUAUGCAGUUCUCAUUUGGACAUGAUCACAAUAAUCUCUGUGAUUAUAUAAAAUAUAUCAUGAGUGAUUGCAGAACAAACUGAAAGUGCCAAAAAUAACUUAAACAAAAAACACACAAGCAGUUGAAGAAUAUGACUACUGCUAGAUUUAUCAAGUGUGUAACGGUUGGUGAUGGCGCCGUGGGAAAAACAUGCAUGCUCAUUUCAUACACUAGCAACACUUUCCCAACGGAUUAUGUCCCAACCGUAUUCGAUAACUUUAGUGCAAAUGUGGUAGUCGAUGGCAGCACGGUGAACAUAGGCCUUUGGGAUACUGCAGGUCAAGAAGAUUACAACAGGUUGAGGCCUCUAAGUUACAGAGGAGCUGAUGUGUUUUUGUUGGCUUUUUCUCUAAUUAGCAAAGCCAGCUAUGAGAACAUACACAAGAAGUGGUUACCUGAGCUAAGGCACUAUGCUCCAAAUGUACCAAUUGUUCUUGUUGGUACCAAAAUGGAUUUGAGAGAAGAUAAGCAAUUUUUGAGCGAUCAUCCUGGUGCAGCUCCUAUAACAACUACGCAGGGAGAAGAACUAAAGAAGAUGAUUGGGGCAGUAGCUUAUAUUGAAUGUAGUGCCAAGACUCAACAGAAUGUGAAAACAGUGUUUGAUACAGCAAUCAAGGUCGUUUUGCGACCACCAAAACUGAAGAAAAAGGCCCGCAAAACCAGAGGAUGCACAUUCCUUUGAAAACCAAUAGGAAAAAAAAAAAAGUGUUAUCAUUUUAUUUCAAUUUUUGAAAAAGUCGUAUAUCCUAGAUUCUAAUACUACUAUGUUGUAAUGUGUAAAAGGGGUACAUGUUUAUGUGACCUUUAAACUUUUGUCAUAAUUUCUCGACUUUAGUUUUGUUUUUCAUUAAAUUGAAUUUGUUACACUAUUUUCCCUGCUCACUACUUUGGACUCAUAAUUCUUCUAUGCAUUGUAUUUGAACAUUUACUGUC